AUGCGUACUCGCCUGCUGCUGGACAAAUUGGGUCAAUUGGAGUUCGACAGACUUGUGGAUCACGUCGCGCCUACGAAUCCGACCAAAAUGAAACUGUCAGACCUCAUCCCCAUUUUGAAAAAUCUCUUCCGGGAAAAAAUAUCUCUCACACGACGUCGCAUCGAGAUAUUGAACCACAGGUACGACAAAACGACACCUAUCUCGGAACAUAUCGACAAGAUCAAUCGUCUUGCCUCGGAAUUCGAGCGCUCUAAGCUUACGGACGACAACCUCAGAGUCUUAUUACUCUUGCAAUCUCUCUGCUUCUCGCGGGACAAUGACGAUCUGAAAAAGAUGGCGCUUCGCGUCGUAGAAAAAAACCAAGAGGCCACCCUCAAAGACAUCGCUACGGAACUCGAGGCUCACAUGAAUGUGGCCUCGAAUAUGAAAAAACUCGAAAAUCCUACUAAUACCGCGGGUUCGUCAACACUGGCUUUGCGCGCCAACGUAAAAAAGAAAUAUCAGAAGCAACCGCCACCUGAUACUACAAAUAAGCAUGCGAGUAACACAAAUAAUACAAUAGCGCAACCUACUGUGUCCACCAAGUGCAACGGGUGCGGAAACGCGCACCUCCGCUCAAAGUGCCCUUUCCGCGACGCGACAUGUUCUAAGUGCUCCAAGAAAGGCCACAUCGCAAAAGUGUGUCGUUCGACCGCGAAGGUUGAUCAUUUAGCGGUCGAUAACGACGUGGAAAGUGAUUACAGCGAAAGUGACUACAACGACAAUCCAGUAAUUCAAUCAAUAACGUCAAUCGAUAAACGCCGUCGCAUCUACAUCCCUAAUACGAUGCUGGGCAAAAUAGUGAAUCUCCAACACGACAGCGGAUCGGACGUCACGACCAUUGGUAAAGACAUAUGGACCCGUCUAGGAAGUCCGACUCUUCACUCUCACAAACCAGUGGAACACGCCGGCGGCGAUUCAUUAAAAACGAUCGGUAGAUUCAAGUGCAAAAUUCGCGCAGCCGAUCGUGAUGGAGAAGUAUUCAUAGAUGUCGUCGCGCGUAACGGCCUUAACCUGUUCGGCUUAAAUGCAAUCGACACACUCGACCUGUGGAACAUGUCCCUCGAUAAGUGCCGUAAGCUCCGCCACGACGGAAUCAAUCAAUGUGCGGUUAUCAAAAACAAUAAAAUGCCCGAUUCUUCUGCCGAUUCCCAAUCGAAUCAAGUGUUUCGCAAUCAAAUCGUGAAUGAGUUUCCAAAACUUUUUUCGCCCGGCCUUGGACAAUGCAAAAACUUUCAAGCUAAAUUUACAUUAUCCGAGAACGCCGUCCCCAAACAAACCUCGUGCAGACAGAUCCCAUAUGCUACAGAGAAACUACUCGAAGAGGAAAUCUCACGCCUGGAAUCCCUUGACAUCAUCGAACGAGUGCACCUAUCCGACUGGAGCACUCCCAUCGUUAUUGUAAAAAAACCGGAUGGCAAGAUCAGAUUGUGCGCCGACUAUUCCACGGGGGUAAACAAUGCCCUCAGAGGAAACUCGUAUCCUUUACCCAAUAUAGAUCUUAUUAUGUCUAAAUUAAACGGCAAUAGUUACUUUAGCGUUCUAGAUCUCAGCGACGCUUUCCUACAGAUAGAGGUCGCCGAAGAUCACCGAGACGUCACUACAAUCACCACCCCUAAAGGUCUUUACAGGUUCAAACGCCUCCCCUUCGGCAUCAAGACCGCACCGGCCAUCUUUCAGCAAGCAAUGAAUUUCACAUUAUCCAGCUUAGACGGCGUCUACGCGUACAUCGACGACGUGGUAGUCAUGGGCUCUACUCGUCAAGAACACGACAGUCGCUUGCGGACAACCCUCCAUCGUCUGGAAGAAAUAGGUUGGAAAUUAAAGCCAGAGAAAUGUCGUCUUGCACUACGAGAGAUCAAAUACCUAGGCGCCAUCAUAAACGGUUUCGGUAUUUCGGCCGACCCAGAAGCCACACGUGCCGUUGCCAAACUGCCCAAACCAGCAUGCGUCGCAGAAGUCCAAUCUCUCCUGGGGAUGAUAAAUCACUACGGAAAGUUCAUCCCGCAUCUGCAUCAAAUUAAGAAACCGCUAGAGGACCUAAAGAAUCAGCCUUGGGCAUGGAACUCUCACCACGACGCAGCCUUCCUACGUGUUAAGGAAAUCCUCCUCAGUCCUCUACUUUUAGAGCAUUUCGAUCCAUCAAAAACGCUCGUAGUGGCGGCCGACGCAUGUUCCACGGGCAUCGGAGGGGUACUUAUACAACGGGAUUCCCAAGGACGCGAACACGCCGUAUACCACAUGUCUCAAAGCCUUACGGACUCUCAACGCAAUUACUCUCAGUUGGAAAAGGAAGCCCUUGCAUUGGUUACUGCAAUCGAACGCUUUCACAAAUUCCUCUGGGGAAGGGAGUUUAUCCUCCAAACGGAUCAUAAACCUCUGGUAGCUUUACUUCAAACGGAAAAUACCAAAGGCCUCAAACCCACCACUGUAGCUCGUCUAAAACGUUGGGCCAUCAGGUUAUUAGGAUACGACUUUAAAAUCGAAUACGUCCGCACACAAGAUUUCGGCCAAGCAGACGCUCUAUCCCGCUUAAUCGAAAAAUUCCGUCAAGAUAAUUCAGAAGAACUGCAAGUGGCUAGCAUCCACACGGUGGAUAACCAAAUCCAGCAAAUUAGAGAUCUCUCCAUCGAUAAAUUUGGCAAAGAUCUUCGUCACAAACUAAAAACCGCCACCGGCCUAGAUCCAGACCUCAAAACAGUCAUGAAAGCCAUCCAGAACAACAAAUUCCCAACCGCCUGCUCACCAAUAGUAGAACACUACAAAAAACGUGCGGAUUGCCUGACUAUCGUAGAUGACACCCUACUUUUAGGAGACAGAGUAGUCAUCCCGCAAAGUAUGCAAUCCAGCAUCCUCUCGUCUCUCCACAUAGGCCAUCCCGGCAUCAGAAGAAUGAAACAACUCGCACGCGAAUACGUUUAUUGGCCUAAACUUUCUGAGGACAUAGAACACCUGGUGAAACGUUGCGACCCUUGCGCAUUGACACGGAAGCUGCCGGUCAAAGUUCCGAUAUCCCCAUGGCCAACCCCCUCCAGGCCUCUUGAACGCCUACACGUGGACUUCGCGGGACCCAUCGACGGCAAAUACCUGCUGAUCUUCGUAGAUGCCUACUCUAAAUUCAUCGACGUCGGAAUCACCUCUACUAUCUCCGCCGCUCGGACAGUCGAACUUUGCCAUGAAAUCUUCUCAAGAUACGGCCCUCCAGAAGUUCUCAUUAGCGACCAUGGAACCCAGUUUACUGCAGACCUUUUCGCUAAAUUCUGUAAGGACAUGCAAAUCACUCAUAUCCUUACGGCCGUCAACCAUCCACAAUCCAACGGUCAGGCGGAAAGGAUGGUCGAUUCAGUUAAAAGAGCCAUCGCAAAAAAUUCUUCGAACUGGAAAGCGGAACUACAAGAUUUCUUAUACAGCUACAGAUAUACACCGUGCACUUCUGCCCCUGACGGCAAAUCCCCCGCAGAACUUUUCUUCGGCAGGCGAAUUUCCUCACCAUUCUCAAAAUUAUCUCCAAAAUCACCUGCAUCCUCAGCUUCUUCGAUGUCGGACUCCAUAAACAAACAACAAGACAUGCAAGAACAAUUCACAAAGCAACAUGGAGCCCGCCCAAAAAUACUCAACCUUGGAGAUAGAGUGGUUGUCGCUCUCAACAACAAGCGCGAAUUAGGUUACGUGACCGCCGUACUUUCCAAAUCACGUUACCUGGUGCGUCUGGACAAUGGCAAAUCCAUCGAACGUCACAUCAACCAUAUUUGGGAAGGAGGUGACGCCCCGACGAUCCUAAACGCCCCAGUUUCCGACGACUGGAUUUUUUACGAGCCUAACCCGUCGGAGACCACCGCGCACCCUCUUCCUGAUCAUCAAACUACACGUGAAGAUAACAGGGAUCUAAACGAGCCUCCACCAGGCGAUACUCCGUCCAGACCCAUUCGCACAAGAGUCCAGCCACGGAGACUGGUCCUGGAUCCGAGGGCCAAGUCCUACUCUCACCAGUAG